AUGAUCGGCCAGAACGUCGCACGCGCUUCCCGAAGCGGCCUCCGCGCUGCCACCCUCCUUGGCCGACGAACCAUGGUCACCCAGGAAGAGCGAUGGACUCUCGAGACCGCCCGCAACGCAGGAUCGUAUAUUGAGGGCCCCAGCAAGGUCGAGCUCAGCCACGUUGUCCCCAAUAUCGAGGCCAGCUGGAAGACCCUCUCCAAGGAGGAGCAGUACGGCGUCUUCCGUCAGUUGGAAGAGCUCCAGAGGAAGGACUGGAAGGAGCUCAGCGUGGAUCAGAAGAAGGCUGCCUACUUUGUUUCGUUCGGUCCUCACGGUCCCCGUAAGCCCAUCACUGCAUCUGGUCAGGGUGCCAAGACCUUCGCCGGUGUCCUUGCCGCUCUCGGUGUCACCACUGGUGUCUACUACCUCAUGCGCGCCAACGGUGGUGCUCCCGUCAAGACCAUGACCAAGGAGUGGCAGGAGGCCUCCAACGAGAUCGCUCGCGAACAGAAGCAGAACCCCAUCACUGGUAUCGCGAGCGACAACUACCAGGGCAAGGGCCACGUUCAGUCCGCAUAA